AUGGCUAACGCAUACACAACAGAAGAAUUUGAUCAAUACAUGGCUGAGACUUAUAGGAUUGACAAAAGGGUGAAACAGUACUUAUUCGAUAUAGGUUAUCACAAAUGGUCGAUAGCACACUCCAACGUCAAUAGAUUCAUGGUGAUGACUUCAAAUAUUGCAGAAUCUGUGAAUGCAGACGAUAAAGAGGCCAGAGAUCUUCCUAUAUAUGAUUUGUUGGAUUACUUGAUGAAGAUGAUUGGUCGUUGGAACAAUAUAAAUAGGAAUGAAGCAAUUGCGACAUACACAACACUCAGCACAAAAUAUGAAGACCUAAUGAGGGAGAAAAUGAAGGAAUCACAAUGGAUGACAGUAUGCGAUUUGUUCGUGAUGUAUCAUUUUUAA